GAGCCCUCCAACUCGCCGCGGCUUGGCCGACCUCCUCGCCCCCAAUGGCUUCUGCCGCGGACGCUCUGCCUGAAGUUCAGGCAACUAAGGAGCCAGUAGAAGACACUGACCCUAGCACUUUAUCCUCAGAAAAUAUAGAAAAGUAUCCUGUUCAAGAUACAGCAUUACCCAAAGAUGAAGAACACCAAACAGAAAAAGUGACUUUGGGAAUUUCAUCCAUUAAUGUUAGAAGCCUAACAUCAGAUUCAGGCCUUAUACAACAGCCGGAAGAAGACGAUGACACUCAAAGUAGUGCUGGGGACUCACCUACAGCUCUGAAGAAGUCAUGUACAGAAAAUGGGUCUUGCUUUUUGUGUACAUCCCACCAACCAACCAUCAGUGACCUGCUAAAUGAUGAGGACUUGCUGUAUAUGAUGAGGAUCAAAUUGGAUCCAUCCCACCCGACAGUGAAAAAUUGGAGAAACUUUGCAAGCAAAUGGGGAAUGACGUAUGAUGAGUUGUGUUUCCUGGAACAGAAACAACAGAGUCCCACCUUGGAGUUUUUGUUACGGAACAGUGACAGAACUGUGGAGCAGCUGAUUGAUCUCUGUAAAUUAUAUCAAAGAGUUGAUAUUGAGAAAAUUCUGCAGAAAUGGGUGGAGAAAGAAUGGCCAAAGAGAGGGUGUGGGACCUAUCAGAAAAACUUGUAAAGGAGAAAAAAUGGCAAUGGCAGAAAACCAAGAAUCAUGGGGUUUGGUUGACUUUACUACUGGUGUGUAUAGAACUUUUUUUGCUAGGGAAAGAAACCCAUGCUUAUUUUUACAGCAUAAACUGUUAACGUACUUAGCCUUUGUAGUGACAAGAAUGACCUCUACAUACAAAUCAGAUCAAUGUCUUUCACAGGUGUCUUCAAUCUUCUCAGAUUUUUCCAAGCAACAAGAGAAGAAUGAAAGUUAUCAGCGUGCUAUAUAGGAUAGCUGUGUAAUCAGCUACUUCUGUUUAGCAGCCUUGGUCCUGUAUUCCUCUCUCACUGGAAACUGUAUGGGAAUUAAAGACAGGAGGGAAAAGGGGGCUCCUCUUCGAGGAAUAGUCCAUGCAUGUACCUGUGAACUAGGUCCUGUUCCACCCUUUCCCAGGUUGCCUUUGUUCACAAAUAAACCAGCAGAGAACAGAAGAUGCCCUAGAUCAGAAUUAGGACAUCCUCACAUGAUUUCAUCAGAUCAGCACAUUCUAGAGGGGGGAACCUUGAUACCCAAAAAUAUAUAUAUGAACAGUACAGAAAUAAGCCAUAUGUUGUUAAUCAUCUAGUAUAGGAAUAUUUGGAGCCAACGUUAGAUGUUGGCAUUGUUGGGCAUCUUCUAGUAGGGCUGACUCUAGACAUUUUGGUGCCCUAGGCAAAGUCAUAUUCUUGUGCCCCCUAUGAUUAUAUUUAACACUCGAGUGGGUGUGCCGAUGUACGGAGUGCGCUGUUACUGCUUUUCUGGGUAUAACUUCGAUAAGCUGAUAGUCACAUGACUCACUCGCUCAGUAUCUAUCAGACCUUUGUCUUGCUUUGGUAAUAUUAUCAGCUUCCUGAGGCCCAUAGUUGUAAUAAUAAUUUCUUUUUGUGACUUGCAAUGCCUGGUUGGUGUGCUGUUCACUACCGCUCGACUGACUUUGUGAAUAAGUUUUUGAAAAGUGUGGAAAGAAAAGGUGCUGAAGCAACAAGGAAAGAUUAUCAGAUUUAAUACUCACAUUGUGUAAUUUAGAAGUCUCUUCGAUUUUGGUGCACCCUAGGCAACUGCCAGAACAGUGUACUCUGUCCUAUGCCUCCCCAGCUUUUUGCCAUUUUCCUGCCAUCUCUGAGUGAUGAAAAUGAAGAAUCCACACACACACCCAGUACAGACUGAACCCAAAGAGAAAAAGCAAGUGUAUGAAUGGGAGCAACAAUAAUUUUUAAAAAUGGUGGAGCUAGGUGGGUGGAAAAACUUCCUGAAGACAUCCUAUAAAAUGUUGACCAAAUCUGGAGCUGACAAGGAAUACCUAAUCAAUUUGUAUAUACUAAUGCAAUUUCAGUGUCUCUAUCACAGUUUAAAGCCAGGAUAAGUAGAAUGUAGAUCAAAUAUGUGGUAGAUCAGCAAGUGUUCUUGGCUCCCUGUUUCAUUCUUCCUCAGCCCAGUAUCUUCCAGAUGUGUUGGGCCACAGUGCUCAACUGCAAGAACAUUGGUCAUUAUAGCCCAAAUCAUCUGGAAUAUACCAGGCCAAGGAUGUUUAUCACAGCAACAAUUUUUCCCUUUUUCUAAACUAGGCUAUCAGAAUAUCUUACAUGUGGUAACUAAAAUGUAGACUUGCACAUGUGGAUCCUCCCAGGAGAUGGUGCCUCAGGCAAAUAAUAAGUAAUUGGCACCAACCCCUUUGCACCAAACUGAUCUUAAGAUUCAAGUUAAAAUAAUUAAAAAUUAAAAAUUAAAAUCUCACAACUCUGAAACCUGUCUGUAACUUCAAAUCCUUUUUUAAUAGGUUACACAGUUAAUUGUGUCAGCUUAAUUGCUGUAUUGAAAUCUCUGAUCAAGAAGUACAGUCCCUUGAUUUAGGACUGCAUUUUUAAAUUAUCUACCAUGUUAGGGAUCAUUGAAAUCUUUCCAGUUCUGAGAUGAUUGAUAAAAGCUGAUCUUUUAAUGUUUGCAACAACCUGUGUUUCAACCCAUUUAAUAAUUUUAGGGAAACUAUUAAAAACAGCAUAUUAAUUAAGUGUAUUUGCAUCACCUUUUAAGACAGAUAGAAUCCUGUACAGUGUGUACUUAAAUCACAGAAUUAUCAAGAUCCAAUCCUUGGUUGGUGUUUUUUUUCAGAGUGUGCAGAAUCUCAAUCUGCCUUUGAUUUGAAGUGGUUAGAUCUCAAAUGUGGGUAAUAUAUUAAAAUAUUUUAAGAGUGAUUACGUUAAUUGGAAUUGCUCAUUCCCUCUAGCAAUUAGAAGAUAUGUUCAAACAUGUUUUCAGAGACAGUUUGAGAACUAGUGUUACUCCAGGCUGUUACAAAGCACUUAUCUUCUCUACAAUAUUAUAAUAAAAUAUUAUGAACAAUCUAUUAAUAAACUUUAGGGAUACCCUUAAAAUAUUAUCAGAAACUAAUCUUUAAAUGAAUUAGAGUCGCUUGGCAUAGUGAGCACACAUUGAUUAUAUAGCAAGCAAUAAUGUAGGCAGAAAGCCAGCUCGGAGUUAAACUCAGACAUUGUUUGAUCUCAUUACAGAUAACCAUAAAUGCAAAUGAAACACACUAUGCUGGGAUGGAGAAGUGUUGCAUGCACGCAUUAGAGUACAGCUAAUGAGAAAAUGUGAGUUCAAGAUCUGCAUUGUAAGGAAUUCAGCCCUAAAAUCUAAACUCCUAAAUGUGCUUCCUAAGAAGCAUCUAUUUCAAGUUUGAAGAGACAUGGGCUUUCAGUUGAAACAUCAUUUUCAGACAUGAUAUGCUCUGGAAAAUGUCACUGAAAAUUGGACUAAAAAGUGCUGCCAGCAGGAAGAACACUUAUGGGGAAUUGAGCUUUUAGGCUGUUCUACUAACUCAGGCAUACUUAAUUGUAAUAGAUGUUUUUUAUAGCUGUAGCUCUUAAUGCUUGAAAAUUAAGCUACUUCUAUUACUGGGAUUGUAGUAGUAUGCUGAAUUUUAAAACUUCUAGUCUUAUUAAAAUAUUCCUUUUCUGUAAUCCAUCUGUGUUCAAAGCAUUGUUCUGUAUGUAUCAUCAAUCUCUACUAUAUUUGUUACAUGUUUUGAUAUACAGUGUUAGUAGAAGAAAACUGUUUUUCCACUAGUUUUGUUAUUAUUAUUUUUUUUACUAAGAGCAUUAUUGUUACUUUUCUGAACUACUUUG